UCAAGGAAAAAGGAAGGAAAGGCCAUUUAUUAAUCAGUCUUGAAAAUCGAAAGGUUACUACACGUUAAAUAGUGAAAGUUUUGGGUUUGUUUCAGAGAUAGCCACGCUCCAACUGAUGUUUUUUUUUUUGGUUGUGACGCCAAGAUUGGAUAUUAUAUUUAAAAGGGGCAGCUGGCUUGAAUUCAGUAGAUUGGAAUGCGUGGUCUGUCGCUUUAAAUAUUACUGGCGCAGGGGAUCCUGGGUAAUAUCGCUUUCUUUUUCUUCAUCUUCUCGCCCUACGGUAGGAGUUUCGUUCGGCUUGAGUAAAUCUUGUACAGAAUGUUGUAAAUCCUCGACGCGGGACGCACCUGAUCUUCAUUCGCACAAUCUUCGGGUCAGGUUAGAGUCGUUUCGUAGCAGAAAGUGUGAUCGUCGUGUGAAAAUGUGUGCAAGAACGACCGGAGAGUACAAGGAAGAAGUUCGUGGACCCAAAAAGGAGGAGAAGCCACAUCCACUGGAUGCUGUGUUCAAUCUGCAGCCUCGAAUUGUCCUACGCAGAGCAGAUGUCAAUGAAAAUCUUCAUCCAGAGAGGCACCAGUCAGUGUCUUGUCACAUCAAAGAGGAAGGUGAAGAGGUUCAACACAUCAAAGAGGAGAAAGAACAGUUCUUACACAUCAAAGAGGAAGAGCAGGAGGAAAUCAUCCAGGUUCCAUCCAAUAGUAUCAAUUUGAAGAGUGAAGAUGAAGGUCAAAGUGAGGAGAGAAGAGCGGCGGAGCUUCCAAGCAGGAACAGCUCAAGUGAUGGAAAGUCAAACAGUGGAGGAUUACUAACAGUCGGGGAUAAUAAUGAUGAUAUUGACCAGUCUGGAGGUGACUUGACAUGUCACACUGCUAACAAAUGCUGGAAAUGUUCUCAGUGUAGGAAAGCUUUUGUUUCUAUGUGCAAUUUGAGGCGACACAUGAAAAUACACACUGGUGAGAAGCCUUUUGCAUGCUUAGUUUGUGGUCAAAGAUUCACUCGGAAGGAACACUUAAAAACGCACACAAAAACACACACUGGUGAGAAGCCUUUUCCCUGUUCAGUUUGUGGUCAAAGAUUCUCUGAGAAGGGACACUUAAAAUCACACACAAGAAAACACACUGGUGAUAAACCUUUUUCGUGUUCAGUUUGUGGUCAAAGAUUCUCUCGGAAGGAUAGUUUAAAAAGACACACAGGAACACACACUGGUGAGAAACCUAUUUCCUGCUCAGUUUAUGGGCAAAGCUUCUCAACGAAGGAAUACUUACAAAUACACACAAGAACGCACGCUGGUGAGAAACCAUUUUCCUGUUCAGCUUGUGGUCAAAGAUUCUGUCGGAAGGGAACCUUAAACUUGCACACAAGAACACACACUGGUGAGAAACCUUUUUCUUGCUUAGUUUGUGGCCAAAGAUUUUCUCAUAAGAGAACCUUAAAAUUGCACACAAGAACGCACACAGGUGAGAAACCUUUUUCCUGCCUAGUUUGUGGUCAAAGAUUCUCUUGGAAGGGAACCUUAAAAUUACACACAAGAACACACACUGGUGAGAAACCUUUUUCCUGCUCAGUUUGUGGUCAUCGCUUCUCAACGAAGGAAAGCCUAAAAAGACACACAAGAACCCACACUGGUGAGAAACCUUUUUCCUGCUUAGUUUGUGGUCGAAUAUUUUCUCAUAAGGGAACCUUACAAUUACACACAAGAACGCACACCGGUGAGAAACCUUUUUCCUGCACAGUAUGUGGUCAAAGAUUCUCUCGGAAGGGACACUUAAAAAUACACACAAGAACACACACAGGUGAGAAACCUUUCUCCUGCACAGUAUGUGGUCAAAGAUUCUCUCGAAAGGGAAACCUAGAACAACACACAAGAAUCCACACUGGUGAGAAACCUUUUUCCUGUUCAGUUUGUGGUCAAAGAUUCUCUCGGAAAGGAAAUUUUGAACAACACACAAGAAUCCACACGGGUGAGAAACCUUUUUUCUGUUCAGUUUGUGGUCAAAGAUUCUCUCGGAAGGGACACUUGAAAAUGCACACAAGAACACACACUGGUGAGAAACCUUUUCCCUGCCAAGUUUGUGGCCAAAGAUUCUCUUAUAAAUAUCGGGCUCAGACACACAAGUGUGCUAGUGAGAAUAGCAGUGACCAAGAAGGUUAUAAUGCAUAUAUGAAGAUUUAAAAAAAGUAGUUACUUUCUUCUUUUUUCUUUCAGCUUGUCCCGUUACGGGUCGCCACAGUGUGUUAUCUUUUUCCAUUUAAGCCAAUCUCGUGCAUUUUCCUCUCUAACCCCCACGUCUUCAUGUCCUCCCUCACCACAUCCAUCAACGUUUUCUUUGGUCUUCUGCUCGCUCUUUUGCCUGGCAGCUCCAUCCUCAGCACCCUUCUAUCAUUAUACUCACUCUCUUGCCUCUGAACAUGUCCGAACCAUCAAAGUCUGCUCUCUCUAACCUUGUCUUGUUGAAAUGGAAUUAAUUCUUUCCCAAUUUGGGGGGGCAAGAUGAACCUGUUUGUGAAAUACAGAUCAUAAAGACCCAUACUUCCUUUGAGCAAUGUAUGCAGUUUGUUUUUGUGAUGUUGGUAUAAAGGAAUUCAUUGAUUGAAAUAAGGCUGUCAUGAAACUUGGACUUUUGGCUGAAAUUUUUGUGUAUUUGUGAUCUUGAAUGAAAUACGCCCCUUAAAACAUUGAGGUUGAAUUUAUUUGUUUAUCAAAUCCAUUUCCUCAAUUUAAAAAUGAUUUAAAUGUCUUUUAUUCAUCGGAAAACUUCCAAAAAGAAAUAGAAAACAUGGCCCAAGCGACAAGGCCGAUACGGCAAAAACUGCAAAGCUGUGCACUGGGGAGGAUCACAAUCAGAUAGUCAUGAUAAAAUAGUGACAAAUGUUGAUUGAAAAAGGUCCAGGGUUUAAUAUGAUGUCACACAAACAAACAAUGCAAAUGUUCUCAGUGUGGGAAAACUUGCUUGUAAAACCAAAUUACACAUGAGAAGACACACUGGAGAGAAACCUUUGGCCUGCUGAGUUUUUGGUCAAAAAUGAUCAACAAGCUUCCAUUGAAAAUGUAAAAGUUUCACAACAUAAAUAAUGACUAUUGUGUGGAUUUAGAAAAAAUGUUUUUUGUAAUUUACCUCCCAUGUUUAUCUUCAUGUUGUCAUUGUCUUCUCUAAAAACUUCCUGUGGACAAAUGCUAAAAUGUAAUGCAUCCAUUGUUUCCCAAUCAUGAAGUAAUUUCCUGUGCAAA